GAAUCCAAAAUGGGGAAAAAGGAGAAUGAAAAAGAUAAAGGGAAAUUACCAGAUCAAAAAAGAGCAUCGCAGAGCUCCAUUAAGGACCUGGCUAGUAGAUUGUCUCUGACGAAGAGGAGAUCAUUAUCAAAAGAAAAUGCAACUGAAAUGCAAUCAAUGCAAGGAAGAGAAAAGACCUCUGAUACAUCGCUAUCUGGUUCGUCUGAAGAUUCCCUCAUUUCCCAAACUGAUUCCGUCACUGCAAUACCUCCUCCUCCUCAAGACAACAAGCGGCCUUCAAAGCCAUUUCGAACUACACUUCUCAACUCGAAUGAGUUAGCUGCGUACCCCAGACAUUGGGGGUCGCUGGUCGCCAAAAAACCUGAAGAAGCCCAUCGUAGAUCUAGCGUCAUCAAGAUGGCAACAGGACUAGUUCAAACAGUGAUUCCUGAUGACAAGAUAGAUAUGCUUGCCGCAACAAGUGCCUUGCAGCAAGAGGCUAGUGAAAUCAGAUCCCAGAAAGUCAAUUGGCAAUCAUAUCUUCAAUCCCAGAUGAUUUCACAAGAGGACUGUACUUUUAUUGCUGCAUAUGAAAAUGCAGAUUCUGCAGGCCGUGAAGCACUUUUGAAAGAUAACCGUUCUCAGUGUGCAAAAACAUUCCUGAACUUGCUGGGACACAUAUCAAAGGAUCAAACUAUUCAGCAUAUUCUUGUAUUGAUUGAUGACAUGUUUCAGGAAGAACCUUCUCGAGUGGAAAUUUUCAGAGAGCAUGCUGCGCGAAAGAAGGAAUCUGUCUGGACACCCUUUUUGAAUUUACUGAAUCGUCCUGAUGGGUUCAUUCAAAAUAUGACAUCAAGGAUUAUUGCUAAGAUAGCAUGUUGGAGCAAAGAGCCUAUGGAUAGAUCUGACCUACACUUUUACUUAACAUGGCUGAAAGAUCAGUUAAAACAAACGAGUGACGCGUUAAAGGAAUUUGCCCUGAACGCUGCCAUGGAUAUACCUGAGUCUCCCACUUCAGAAUCUGAACCAUCUGGUGAAUCAUCUCCGCGCCAUGAAGAGCUCAUGGUUGUGAAUUACUUUUCAUCUCAGAACAACGAAUACAUGCAGUCAGUUGCAAGAUGUCUUCAGAUGAUGCUCAGAGUUGACGAGUAUCGCUUUGCUUUUGUGGCGGUGGAUGGAAUCUCCACAAUACUGACUAUUUUGCAAAGCCGCUUAAAUUUUCAAAUCCAGUACCAGUUGAUAUUCUGCCUGUGGGUUCUCACUUUCAAUCCACUUCUUGCUGAAAAGAUGAACAAGUUCAAUGUCAUUCCGAUUCUUGCAGACAUUCUUAGUGAUUCUGUCAAGGAAAAAGUAACUCGCAUUAUUCUGGCUGUCUUUAGGAACCUUAUUGAGAAGCCUGAAGACAACCAAGUAGCUAAGGAACAUUGUAUUGCCAUGGUGCAGUGCAAAGUGUUGAAACAGUUGAGUAUUCUCGAACAGAGGAAAUUUGAUGAUGAGGACAUUGUUGGUGAUAUUGAGUUUUUGGAUGAAAAGCUUCAGGCAUCUGUCCAGGAUCUCAGCUCAUUUGAUGAAUAUGCCACAGAAGUGAAAUCAGGUCGUUUGGAGUGGAGUCCAGUUCACAAAUCUGCCAAAUUCUGGCGUGAAAAUGCUGCAAAACUGAAUGAAAAGAACUAUGAACUUUUGCGUAUUCUGAUUCAUCUUCUUGAAACUAGCAAUGAUCCUCUGGUUCUGAGUGUUGCCAGUUAUGAUAUUGGAGAAUAUGUUCGCCACUAUCCCCGUGGCAAAAAUGUAAUAGAACAAUUGGGCGGUAAACAACUUGUGAUGCAGUUGCUGGGGCAUGAUGACCCCAACGUGCGAUAUGAAGCACUGUUGGCUGUGCAGAAACUUAUGGUGCACAACUGGUAUGUAUGGGAGUAUCUUGGCAAGCAACUGGAAAAAGAAUCGCAAACGCAAUCUACCCCAAAAUCAACUUCAGUCACCAGUGUAGCUAAAGCCUAGAGGUGUUUCAGAUUUUUUAGUUCUGAUAGUGAGUGGGUUGAAGGUGUUACUGGCAAGUUAGAUUUGUAAUGAUAAUUAUUGUUGUUUGUAAUUGUACAUUCUCUGAAGAUGUUAGUAGUGUCCAUGUUUUGUAGCAUAUGUAUAAAACAAAUAAUUUUGAGUGUCCUGAUGAAAUGAAAAAUAGAUAAACUGUGUUCCUUUGUAAAUUACUGUGUUGUCACGUCACACUUACUGUUGUUGACAUUCCAUUUUCUUGUACAUUUUUGUAAAAAUGCAUUUUACACAGUCAUUGGGAUUGAUUUGUUAUUUGUUCAAGAAGUUCCAAGCGUAAAUAUAUAUAGGGUGUAAAUGUCAUGGAAAGGUGCUUGUAAUCAUAUGUAUUAAAGAUAUUUCUCAGUAUUAUAUGA